AUGGGCGAUUCAUGGCGCACGCUGCAAGACAGCUCUAGUACGGACGACAACGAAAGUACCAUUGAAACAAGCUUCGAUCUCUCAAUGAAGAUCAAAUGUGAUUUGAACGUCACCAUCAAAUUCGAGAUACCUUCUCGGCAGUGCUCCACAGCGUUUGAGGAAGAACCGCCGGCCCCAAAAGAAGGUCUCCAUCAUUAUCGUAUUUUUCCCGACUACGGAACUGACUUCCUCUGGUUCAACGUUGCGGACCCAUCAUACGACCCGCCUGACACAUACGUUGAUUCUUCCGAGGUGCUGAGUCGUAUGCAUCCUUCAGUGGCCCAAGGCUACGAUUCCUGGGUGCGCGCAUACAAUGACAACUUUAAGGCGAGAUGCGAGGACACGCAGGACUAUUCAGCAAAUGUCUUCGGCACACCUUCGGAAUACGUAGCAUGGCUGGUUACUGGUUACUUGCUCGCCUGGCGCAUUGCUCUGGACCCUCGGGUAGGCAGUGUGGAGUACUUGCCUGGGCGAACGCCGCAUGUAUUGGAGAGGGGGACGGAGACUGCUGCUACAGUAGCAUUCCUGGAGGAGCAGGCUAUGCUGCUAGCAAACCCUAUGAGCCAUUCUUGA